UUAUGAUGCCCGACGAUUGAGGUGUUGUUGCCAACAACAAAUCGAGCACAGGUCUAACAGUAACAAACUCCGGCUAGGACAGUUGCAAACAGUGGCAGGAUGGAAAGACUAAUGGUACAGCUCUCUAAAGAAGCCUCUGGUAAUAAAUGGAGUUAUAUACGUAAAGCUUGCGAAGAAGCACUGGAAUAUUUGAGGUCAGCUGAGGUGCGUACAGAUGUUCCCCGCCACCAGAUAAGGGCCCUCUGUCUGACAGCGUUGCAGCUGUCACUAGAAUCGAGGAGCACAAAACUGACGCACCUUGCUAUCACCGGAUUCCAGAAACUUCUCGAUGACCCGAUCGCCGAGGCGCAGCGUACGACGACCGCCGACGAGCUGCAGGCCGACUGGCUGCCGAUGCAGGUGAUGCGCGCGGUCUCGCCGACGCACUCGCUCCCCGAAGACGUGCAGACAGACGUGCUGAAGCUCCUGCUGAACAUCGUCUGCUCGACGGCGUGGGGCGGCGUCGCCGUCGUCGUCUGCCGCGUCGUCGACGUCUGCAUCGACUCGUUCGCGAACUCGUCGCAGGCCGGCAUGAAGACGGUCGCCAAGGCGACGGUCUACCAGACGGUCGCCUCGUUCUGCCAGCGCGAGGCGGAGAGCCGUGCCGCGGCACGCGACGCAGGAGAGGCGGCGGCGGAGCAGGACGCGGACGCUGCCGGUAGCGGCGGAGGCAGCGGCAGAGGAGGAGGCAGAGGUGCAGGAUUCGAGGGAGCGAUCGAGGUGCUGACGUUCUUCUGUGCGAAGCUGGGGUACGCGCGCGGCAGCGGCAACCUGAACGCGUACGUGCCGCUGCUGCUGGAGGGAGUGCUGGCGAUGCUGAGCAACGUACCGCGCGACAUACAGGCCUGCGACGACUUCAUCAACCUCUUACUAAGUAGCCCAGAAAGUUUAGUAGACCUGGCUGGACCUGUGGAUAAUGACAUACAUUCGAUGAACAAGACCCCAUAUUCAGAUAUUGCAUUGCUGAAGCUCAUCACAGAUUCGCUGAUGGAAUGCUCACACUGUAGUGACAUGGCCGUGUGCGUGGCUAGCAUUCAGUGCGUCGAUUCACUGCUGACGAGUGUCGAGAAACUGUCGGAAGGAGUGGGCCUCAACGAGUCGCAGGUCAACUGGAUUUUGCACAAAUAUGCAAAGCUGGAAGAGAACAAAGGUCAGAUAAAUGAAGUUGACAGAAUUUCUGAUACCUCUCGUAAGGAUGCUGAGAUGCUACCAGAUGGCUCUCAUAAACCAGUAGCAGAUGAUUUAAAUCACCAUGGCGAUGUGCCAGUUGGUGAUGAUGUUGGCCAUGGCGAAAAUCCGAAAGAAGCUGAAGAUGACGACAGAGAGCCAUGUGCACGGGAGCCGGACCCCGAUCCGGAGCCAGCUGCCGCUGAUGCAGAAGCCAGUCCGGAUGCUGGAGAUACGGAUUCCACCGUUGAGAAGCAGGAUCACGAAGCGAAUCGAGACCUGAAACGCGAACCGGCACCGGAGACGUCGGACGCCGCAAACCCUCCGACAGAUGGCGCCAGCGUCGCGUCCUUGACUUCGGUCGUCGGCAUGAAAAAGAAGGAGAGGCGAGAGUACAGCGACAUAAAGGACAACCUCGAUAAACACGGAGCUAAGGAGCGCGAGUGGAUCGAAAACUUCUCGGAAACGCGCAACCAGUUUUCGGAGAUGGAGCGCAGCAACGCUCGCGACUUCUCCUGCCGCCUAGCCGAGCUUCUGCCGCGGUUGCUACGGAUACGCAGCUCCAUAGAAGUCGACGACGCCCUGCAGCAGUUUGCAUCGUCUUACUGCGAAGAACUCGCGCAAAAGCAGAAGUCCAUCAACACUCGUGACGCCAACUCAUUGUCACACAUCGCGAUAGUGAAUGCGGAUGGUGUCUAUUUGGCCUGCUACUCUGCCUUGCUUUUCAACCUGAAGCUGAUCCACUGCGGGUGGUAUCGUGACAGCUCGUCGAACAUACCUGUCUCCCAGAGGCAAUUCAUAGAUGAGGUACAUGGAAGCGGCGUGCUGGUGUACCUAUCAGCUACUUGGCUGGUGGAACUUUACCAGCAACUGCUUGCUAGUAAUUUGCUAUCGCAGGCCGGAUAUGAAGAAGAUUCGCCCAAUAACUCCGCUCUAAUUAACCUGCUCACAGAAACAGGGACUCUUGGUUGUAGAACUAGAAGCAGAAGUACAGGCUAUGUAAUUGUGGAUGUAGACAAUGUGGGAACGCCCCAGCAGGGAGACCAGUUGCUGAGUGACUACAGGAGGUUGGAGAAAGCUGCCUUGCAUGUAGAGGUGCCGAUCAGUGUGGAUAUCGGCAGGUCAGAAACUAGCCGGCCACAUGCUGUCUGCUUGCUGGAGCAAUGUACUAGAGGUGCUAUCUGUGCUGCUGAAUGGGAAAAACUCCUGCGGUAUCACGGAGAGUCUGAGUCUACUGUUCGAUAAGGAACAGAAUCAGAAGGCGCACGACGCCGUGUGCAUGAGUCUGGAUGGAC